AUGGAUGAGUUGGCAGUAAACGCUAUGUCGACAGAUAACGAUCUGGAAGUUUUUCAACUUCACAUUGAAAAUGAGGAAUUAAUUAAAGACGUUGAAAAUUCAGAAGCUGUUGCUUGUGGAUAUUGUAUUGUAUCAAAGGUGACCUCUCCAUUAUUAAUUACUGUCUUAGUUGUUACAAUACUGGGUGCAUCAUGCGCAAUCGGCUACUUUGUAUCAUAUCCACGAAUUCGUAUAUGUACAUGUAAUGAAAUAACGCAAAUUUAUAAUGGAUCAUAUUGUGUCACGCAAAAUUCAUUCAAAGGUUCUUGUACAGAAGCAUGCAACUGUUUAAAUACGUCGAAUUUAUAUUGCGCUUCGAAUCAAUGUGAAUGUGAAACAAUUAAUUAUUGGAAUCGAACUACUUGUGUAUCAAAAGAGCUCGGCUGGCAAACAUGUAAUAAUAUAACAUGGGGUGGUGAUUGUAGGCCAAAUUGGUUUUAUGAUGGUUUAGAAUGUAUUCAGCGAAAAAGUAUUAAUGGAACGUGUCUUGAUACUUAUGCAUAUGAUUGCAACACACUACUUGUCUGUUUUUCCGGUCUUUGCUUAUGUCCAACACCAACAACAUGGUCUGGUUCCAAUUGUAUUUGUUCAACUGGUCAGACUUGGACUCGUAAUACUUAUGUUGCCAUUGGAUAA